UUUCCCUGGUUGGUCUCGAAUUCCUGAGCUCAAGCAUUCCAGAGUACCUCCCAAAGUGCUGGGAUUAUAGGCAUGAGCCACUGCGUCCAGCCAGUUCCAAAGUUUUGAAUUUCUUUUCUAAAAAUAUUUUCUAAAAGUUUUAAAUUCUGAAACAUCUGGCUGCCAGGGUUUUAGAUAAGAGAUUGUGGACCAGAAAUCAAGAUGAUGUUUUGAAAAGUGCUUUUCUCUGGUCACUCCUUGUGUUACCCCAGGUCAUGUAGGAAAAUGGGAAAUUAUGCUGGACUUAAUGCCAAAAAAGCUAGAUUCUUUGCUUCCCCCAUUUAUUUUGUUGUUGUUACUUGAGACAGGGUCUCACUUGAGUACAGUGGCAUGAUCUUGGCUCACUGCAGCCUUGACUCCCUGGCUUCGGUAAUUCUCCUACCUCAGCCUCCCAAAUAGUUGGGACUACAGGCGCCCGGCUAAUUUUUGUAUUUUUUGUAGAGACAGAGUUUUGCCAUGUUGCCCAGGCUAGUCUCAAACUCCUGGGCUCAAGCCAUUCACCUGCCUCGGCCUCCCACAUUUGUAUUUUUCAAAGUAUACUCUUAAGCUCAGAUGAAUUCAAGUUUUCACAGCCAGAAACUGGUAGAACUGGUGUUUGAAAUCUUUCAUUUUCCAGUGCUUAAACUCUUCAUCAUUGUAAGAUACUUCUUGUGUGGGUCUUUUCUGUGGAAACCACACUUGAAGAUUUCUACUCCUUAACCCCAAGCCUCUUUAUGACAUCCAUCCAGGACCAGCUCUGCUUUCCUGUUGAAGGUCUCAAGAGACUUGCCUUCCUCCUCUCGGUAGCUGCCAGUACUCUUACCAUUUCAUGAGUUUUCCCCCAACCUUGGCUGUGGAAUGUGAUACCUAGUAGUUUCCCCAGCACUUUUCUCCCAAUUUCCUUGCUAUACCUGAUGACAACUAUUCAGGCCUCUUCCAUUCCUAGGAUCUUGCUAUUAAUCACUAUGGGGAUAAGUAAAAGUAUUAUAUACAAAAUAAUUGCAUAACAGAAUAAUAUAGGGCAGUUACAUAGAAUGAUUCUUGCUGUUUAAUCCUGGAAAAUGUGAUCCCCAAGGAUUCACAUUUUAAUUUCUGCUCUUUAUUUCUGAGGAUGGAGUCACCAUGUUCCCCUUCUGGCUACACAUUUAGAUGCAUUUCAGGUCUGAUGAUAGUUGCAAUGUAAAAAAGAAUAGCAAGGCCUUUGGUUUCUGUAGACAAUGUGGACCAGAUAACGUCCAGACUGGGUAAUAUCUGGUUUAUUAGUGUUACUGGAUGGGAAGUCUUGACUGAGUUGUCUGGGUUUUUGGCGUGUUAAAGAAUUUGAACAAAACAUAGAAACAAAGCAACAAAAGAAGCAACGAAAGACAAAGCAACAAAAGAACGAAGUAACAAAAGCACAAAUUUAUUGAAGCGAAGCAAGUGCUUCAAGAGUCCUAAUUGCAGUGUUCUUAAGGGUUACUAGGCUAAAAGAAUUUGGUAAACCCCUAGGUGCCCUUUACAGUCGUCCAAUUGGUUACACCCUGUGAAGGAUUGGCCUGUGACCAAUCAGAGGCUGAAAUGGAGAUGGCCGAGGACAAUCAGAGGUGAUGUGGAAACUUCUGUCUUGUAAUCACAGGAGUGAAGGUGUGGCCUGUAUGCUGCCUAGUCUUGCCUAGAAUUGGCUGCACCUGCUGUUCUUUUGCUUCUGCCUUAACCCUUGGUUACCCUAAUUUCCUAUUCUCUUGCCUCAUUAGGCCUUUACCCUGACUAAAAAUGUACUCAUCUAGCUGGGACAAAUCCUACACUGCAUUUGUCCCGUCUAGAUGAGUCUUCUAGCAGAGUACAUGGCACAUAAGUAGGCAUUCAAAAAUUCAACAUACAGUACAUUUUGUUACCUAUGUGCCAGGUGUUGGGCAGGCUGAGUUAACAGCUGAACAGAAACCUACCUACCCAACGUGCUAACUUCCAUACAGCAUGGUCGUGCAUCCAAAUCAAACGGAAAACGGUAUGGGAGAUCUGGAAAGGCUUCCUGUGGGUGGCAUCUGAUUACCUAAAUUCCCAUCCCACUUUCACUGACUUUGACACUUGGAACAAGCAGUCUCUUAGUGCCUGUUUUCCCACUGGUAGGUAAAUGGGCUAAUGACGGUAUCUUUGGCACUAGACUUCGUCAAUUAAUGAAAAGCACAUAGAAGAAGACAGCCUGGCUCUCUAAGUGGGCAGUGCGAUUCCCAAGGACGGUACUUCGCCUGAUGGUCUUCCUCUAGGCUGAGAAGCCAGGGUAAAUCCAUUUGAUUUUCCUACCACACAGUGCCUUCUCUCCUGAUGAGUUCAAAGCUUUAAGUCUAUCCAGUUCUGUCCAGACGCGUCUGUUCAUCUCCAACAGGCCCACUGGAGAGGCGGGUUUUCCAAAGCCUGGCACGGCCCACUGCAGGUAACGCCUUCUGCCCUCCAGCGCCCUCAGGCCUCUGGCGUCCACCCUUCCUCCCCACCCGACUCCGGAACCUCUUACCGCGCCCCGCCCGGGCGCCUGGCUGCGGGGGGUAGAGGCCUUCCGCCACACGCGCGGCCCCGCCCCGGCCUCCACGUGACCUGGCGUGCGGAGCGCGCACGCGGGAACCCGCGCUGGAGGCGGGCGAGGGCAGAGGGGCAACUGGGGAUCGCGGCUUGAGGAGGGCGGGGCCACGCCACAGGCCCGCCUGUGUCCUCAGCUGCCUCCGCGCGCCAAAGUCAAAUCCCGACACCCGCCGGCGGGCCGGUGAGCUCACUAGUUGACCCGGCAGGUCAGGAUCUGGUUUGGCGGUCCCGCGAGCUCCAGUGCGCGCACCUGUGGCCGCCUCCCAGCCCUCUCGGCCGGAGGCGCUCUGGGCCGCCACAAGACUAAGGAAUGGCCACCCCGCCCAAGAGAAGCUGCCCGUCUCUCUCAGCCAGCUCUGAGGGGACCCGCAUCAAGAAAAUCUCCAUCGAAGGGAACAUCGCUGCAGGGAAGUCAACAUUUGUGAAUAUCCUUAAACAAUUGUGUGAAGAUUGGGAAGUGGUUCCUGAACCUGUUGCCAGAUGGUGCAAUGUUCAGAGUACUCAAGAUGAAUUUGAGGAACUUACAAUGUCUCAGAAAAACGGUGGGAAUGUUCUUCAGAUGAUGUAUGAGAAACCUGAACGAUGGUCUUUUACCUUCCAAACAUAUGCCUGUCUCAGUCGAAUAAGAGCUCAGCUUGCCUCUCUGAAUGGCAAGCUCAAAGAUGCAGAGAAACCUGUAUUAUUUUUUGAACGAUCUGUGUAUAGUGACAGGUAUAUUUUUGCAUCUAAUUUGUAUGAAUCUGAAUGCAUGAAUGAAACAGAGUGGACAAUUUAUCAAGACUGGCAUGACUGGAUGAAUAACCAAUUUGGCCAAAGCCUUGAAUUGGAUGGAAUCAUUUAUCUUCGAGCCACUCCAGAGAAAUGCUUACAUAGAAUAUAUUUACGGGGAAGAAAUGAAGAGCAAGGCAUUCCUCUUGAAUAUUUAGAGAAGCUUCAUUAUAAACAUGAAAGCUGGCUCCUGCAUAGGACACUGAAAACCAACUUCGAUUAUCUUCAAGAGGUUCCUAUCUUAACACUGGAUGUUAAUGAAGACUUUAAAGACAAAUAUGAAAGUCUGGUUGAAAAGGUCAAAGAAUUUUUGAGUACUUUGUGAUCUUGCUGAAGACUACAGGCAGCCAGAUGGUUCCAGAUACUUCAGCUUUGGGUAUCUUUGUAGCUUCAUAUCAAUAUAAGUUUCUUUAGAAAACUCAAGUUUUUAACCAUUUUUGUUUUAAGGAAAAAAGAUUUUUAAAAUGAAUCUUAUGCAAAACUUUUUGACCAGUUUCUUUUCUUUUCUUUUCUUUUUUUUUAAAAAAAACAUUUAAAGACAAAGACAUUAUUUCUUAUAGCAGGAAAUGUAGAGGUAGAUGGUUCCAGUAUCAGCAUUGCGGCUAAACUACAUUAUAAAAGAUCCAGCUUCCUUCUGUCAUUCCCCUCUUUUGUCUUCCUCAGCAGGUUGGCUUUUUUCCCUGGUGCCUCUCACCUCAUUGGUGACCAGUUUCUUAAAUUGAAAGCUUUAAUGUUACAUAGUAAAUGGUAGUGUGUCCUGUGUAAAUUAGUGUACCUAUUAAAAGUUGCAAAGUGGAAUUAAAGGAAUCCCUAGAAUAAGGACUCUAAAGUUUUAUUUUAAAUUAUUAUCUUCUUAACAGUUUAGUCCCACCUCUUACUUCCUGCCUCAGUCUGCUUUCUCUAUUGUCUGGAUUAAUUAGGCAGCCUGCUAUAAAGUUAAAGUCACACAUUUCUAUUUUGCAAACAUUGUGAUUACUCUUUGCUUUUCAGUUUGCUUUGCUUUGUAGGGUUCUACUUUAAGUUUUUCUCUUUUUCAGACAAAUUACUGAUAAAAAUGAUAUUGCUCUAUAUGUAAUAUAUCCUGAAAGCAUUAUUUUUUGUUUAAUAGGAAAUAAAAUUAAUGAAGACAGAGGCUAGAAAGCAUCCAUUAAUGAAUGAGACACACUUAUCUACUUAUCUCUAAAUCAUCUAUGUGAAUAUUUGUAAAAAUAAUGCAUGGAUUCAUCUUAGUUCUGUAUAUAAAUAUAUUUUCUUUCUAGUUUGUUUAGUUAAGGUGUGCAGUGUUUUUCUUGUGUAUUAAACCUUUCCAUUUUACAUUUUAGAAAAUUUUAUGUAUUUUAAAAUAAGGGGAAGAGUCAUUUUCACUUUGAAACUACUAUUUUUCUUUCUAAGUCAUUUUUGUUUUUGGUUUCUUUAUUCAAAGAUGAUAAUUUAGUGGAUUACCAGUCCAGAUGCACUGAUCUUUGCAAAGGGGACCUAAUUUCAAAUCCGUAAUUACCAUACAUAAACUGUCUCAUUAUACGUAUGCAUUUUUUUAGUUUGUUUUUGUUUGGUAUAAAUUAAUUUACUUAAUUAAAUAUUUGUUAAGUAUAAACCUUAUGAACUACAGUGGAGCUACACUCACUGAAAUGUAGUUUCAGUUCUAAAAAGAUGUAAUAAUCAUUUUAGAAUUAAAAUUUAUUCUACUUUUAAAUAAAUUAUGAAUAUUAAAGGUGAAAAUUGUAUAAAUUGAUUCCAUUUUAAGUGGAGAAAUAUUUCAGUGAUUUUUAGUAACCUUUAAAAAUGUAUAUUGACUUUUAAAAUUUGUAGAAUUGAAAAGACGCUAAUAAAAAUUUAUUAUUUAUUUGUCAUGACUUAAAA